AUGUCGAACUCCAGAUGGGAUGGAUAUCAACAAGCCACUCAGGCUCCUGCUCUCAAUCGUCAGUUUGACACCCAAUCAAACUUCCUCGCAGCCGACAGCUUCGUCCGAAGCGGACUCGUUGGACAACAAAUCAAUACAAUCGAUCCGUCGUUCUAUGACUGCAUUUAUGGAGUUGCCAACAGUGCGAACACGGUCAUCGAAAGAUGCUACAAAGACAUCGGAUGCUGCUCCGAUGGAUGUUGCAAGAAUGGAACUUGGCAUAAUCGUUACGGAUGGGCUGUUGCUCUGAUUGUCAUUUUCUGUAUUCUUGUCAUCGUUGCUUUCGUCAUUUGGCUCGUCGUCUGGCUCUUCAACCGUUCCAAAGACAAGCAACAAAAACGUGAACUCUAUGAGCAUUACGAGGAAAACAACUAUUCUGGACUUCCAACUCCACAGCCGACACCGACUCACUUCCCAGCCGAACAAUAUUCAUACGAUCCGGCAAGAGACCGUGAUAACUACCGAUAUUAA